AUGAACAGCUCGAGUCAAACCUGGUCCAGCAAGAAAAGGUUUUUGUGCGAGAGCAACAUGAUGCGCGUUGUUCUUAAAGGUAUCGUAACUGGUGAAGAAGCUGCCCUGCCUGUAAAGUACGGUGCGGAUGCAAUCGUCUCGAACCACAUUGGCCGGCAGCUCAGCGCGGCAUACUCGACCAGUGAAACACUCCCCAAGAUCCUGGACGAGGUCAGGGGCCAAAUUCCCAUCAUACUUGACGGUGGCGUUCGCACGGGCACAGGGACGGACGAUUUCAAGGCUAUUGCUCACGGCACCAUGCUGUGCGGGAUUGGCUUGUGA